AUGGUCACAUGUCCGCUUGAAGUGUUAAAGACAAGACUUCAGUCAUCAGUUGCCACAUUUCAUUCCUCACCAGUUUAUGUUACUUCUCCAGUCUCCACCCACACUAUUGCAUCCCCAAACCUCGUGGGAUUACGGCCUCAAAGUUGCAAUACAUUGGAACUUUCAAAUAUGAUGCCAAACAGACCAAGAGUUUCUCUUGGGAUUUAUGUCUGUUUACGGCACAUUGUGGAAACAGAAGGUCUUCGAGGAUUAUUUAAGGGACUAGGCCCAAAUCUUGUCGGAGUUGCUCCAUCAAGGGCCCUGUAUUUUUUUGCCUAUGCCAAUAUGAAGUCAAAACUCAAUGCAAUAUUGGCACCUGACACACCAUUGGUCCACAUCUUCUCUGCUCUUGCCGCAGGUUUCACAUCCAGCACUGCCACCAAUCCCAUUUGGUUUGUCAAAACCCGACUACAACUUGACCAAAAAAAAGACAACUCACUCCGGUGCCGAGAUUGUGUGCGAAACAUUUAUCAACAAAAUGGCCUCCGUGGAUUUUACAAGGGUAUUACUGCAUCAUAUUUUGGAAUGACAGAGACUGUGAUUCAUUUUGUGAUCUAUGAAGCCCUUAAAAGCAGAUUCCUUGCUUAUAACAAUCAGACAAAGAGCGGCAGUUACACCAACAAUGAGCGGAAAUUGUCAGACUUUUUUUACUGUAUGCUUUCAGGUGCAAUCUCCAAAACUUGUGCUACUUGUAUAGCAUAUCCACAUGAGGUUGCACGAACGAGAUUACGUCAGGAAGGCCAAAAAUACCGAUCAUUUUUCCAGACUUUGAUUUUGGUAGCUCAUGAAGAAGGUCUCCAGGCCUUGUACAGAGGCCUAGCAACUCAGUUUGUCCGCCAGAUUCCCAACACAGCCAUUGUGAUGUUCACAUAUGAAUUGGUUGUCUACAAGUUGUCUGACCGGUGA